AGUUGAAAGGUUGAACAACAGUCUAGUAUUUAGUACAGUAAACAUGCCCAAGUACCUUAUUUACUUUGCUCAAGCAUACCCGAAUUUCAGACAGGCUGAACUCGAAUCAUUAGCAGACUUACAUGGAGUUUCAAUCGAUUUGUCCCAUCAUGAUGAAUCGAAUCCAUUUGUCAUUGUAGAUUUGGAAAAUGAUGAAGAUGCAAAGAAAAUUAUGGCAAGAUCCAUUUUGGGUAGAGGAAUCUACGAACUUUGGGGUCAUGGAACAACCUUGGAAGAAUUGCACGAGUCAGUCAAGGCUACAUCCAGUGAUAAGUUCCCCUUAUAUGAGAAUAAUUCUUUCAAGUUUGAUUUCAUCGGAUAUAAAGGUACAAGAUCAGUCAAGGAAAGACUUGCCAUCAUAGAAUCCUUCCUGUUUGUAGCAUUCAAGGGCCCUAUUAGAAUGAAGAACCCAGACCAAGUUUUCACAGUAUUGGAAGAAUAUAAUGUCUUGGGAAGAGAAAAGGCAACCAGUCCACUUAACAUGUGGUUCGGUAGAGAGAUCCAAUUAAGUGCUAGAACAGAAAACAUUCUUGACAAGUAUGAUUUAAGACGUAGAAAGUAUAUCGGAACCACUUCAUUUGAUGCUGAAUUAUCAUUGGUUAGUUGUAAUAUCGGACAAGUUGGUCCAGGUAAGAUAACUUAUGAUCCAUUCACUGGUACUGGUUCCUUUUUGGUGGCUGCUGCAAACUUUGGAGGAUUACCUAUUGGUUCAGAUAUAGAUCCACGUAUACUACGUGGUAAGGGACAAAAUACUAUCCCUGCAAACUUUAAACAGUACAAAACCAGUUCUCAAUUUUUGGACAUUAUGACGAUGGAUUUUACAAACAAUGCCUUCCGUUCUGAUUUCACUAUAGAUACAAUUGUUUGUGACCCUCCAUAUGGGGUUAGAGAAGGGUUAAAAGUAUGUGGAGCCAAAGAUCCUGAAAAGGCAGCUGGUCGUGAAAAUGUAGUGAUUGAUGGAGAAAAGGCCCAUUUGAGAAAGGAUUUCAUUCAACCAAAGAAACCUUAUGAAUUAUCUAACUUGCUCCAUGACUUGCUUUCUUUCGCUGCAUUCAGACUCCCAGUUGGGGGUAGACUUGCAUUCUGGAUGCCUACAGCCAAUGAUGAUUUCGAAGUGAAUCUUCUUCCACAACACGAGAGAUUGGAAUUGAUAUACAAUUUGGAGCAGGAAUUCAACAAAUGGUCUAGAAGAUUGUUGGUGUACGUUAAAAGAGAUGAGACUUACAAGGGUCAAACCUUGAACGGAUUGAAGGUGAAUAAUAUUAAGAAUUUUAGAGAAAGAUAUUUCAAAGGGUUCAGUGAAAAAAGUAAAUAGAUGAUGGAGGAAAUAGGUAGACUGC